AUGGGGCAACAUUAUUGCUCUUUUUUAGUUUUCAGUAUUGGUUUCAAAAAUUUACAUGUUACUAUCAGAGAAGGAGAAGUGGCAACAUUAACUAUAAAGCAGAUAGGAGAUGAGACUGGUGGUGAAGACAUUGGAGGAUUUCCAGAGGAUCGUUUAAGUCUAGUUCAAUUGAAACACGCAUCUGGGACUGCUACAAAUGGCGCUGAUUUCUCCCUUAAUGAUACUGUCCCAAGAUUAACUUUAAGAGCCAAUAACACACUGAAUAAUAUUCCAUUCACUCCUAUCACUAGUAUUGAUGAUAAUAUCAUUAAGGGAAAUGAAACAAUAAGAGUCACAAUAGUGCCUGGUACAGAUAAUGUUGUUCAAGUACAGAGAGACCGGCAGACAGCUACCAUCAUCAUUAUUGAUGAUGACACUGGUGUGCUGUCAUUAGAGAGAGGAACAUAUGAUGUGAUUGAGAAUGAAGGAACUGUAGAAAUAUGUGCUGUACUAACUGGAGGAGUAUUAUCCGAAAAUACAACAAUAGACAUAAGACCUAGAAAUAACACUGCACAAUUAAGGAGUGACUAUAGUACUCGUCGAAUUCUACCAAUAUUACUUGCAUUUACAAACAGGACAUGUGGUAGAUUUAAUAUUAUUGAUGAUUUCAUUAGAGAACCACUGUUUGAGAACUUCACCAUAGCAAUAAGUGGUAUUUUUCCAGAAAAUAGUGCAUUAACAAUAGACCAGGCUCCAUCAUUCAUCAGGAUACAAGAUGAUGAUCAGGCUGAAGUAAGGUUUGCUAUGGGUCAAGCUACAUUCUCUGAAGGAGGAGGAAAUCAAUCAAUCACUGUCAUACUAGGAGGAACACAACUGAGUCAGGAACAAACCAUGGAAGUUUACAUUGAUGAUGGAGCUAGCAAUGGAGUAUCACUUGGUUUUGUCACAUUUGGUACUGGUGUUUUAACACAGAACAGGAGCAUCAAUUUUCCAGUGGCUGAUAAUAACAUUGCACUGGAACCUAAUAAACAUUAUCUACUAAGAUUAAGGAACAUUGGUAAUAUAGGUUUAAGUAAUCCAGGAACAAUGAAUGUGACUGUAGAGGAUGAUGAUGAUGUUUCUGUAAUUUUUGUGCAAUCAUCAUACAAUUAUAACGAAAGUCAUGGAACUGUCAGUAAUAUUCAGGUGCAACUAAGCAAUCCAAUUGCUCAAGAUCUGUCUGUCAACAUUGGAGGAGGCCCUGGCAGUCAGCCAUCUUCUGUUUUUGUUUCAGGAGCUGUUGUGUCCGAAUCCAUAAGGUUUAUUGCAGGUGGCAGUGCAUCAGUGUCACUGAGUAAUUUUGCUCUCAUUGAUGAUGCUGUUGCAUUAGAAGUAGUUGAACAAUAUGACCUAUCAUUAAUUAAUCAUGAUUAUACUGAUGAACCCAGCAGAGUGAGUCUAGGAUCAAACACUACUCUAUCCAUUACAGAUGAUGAUGUUGUUAAUGUGACCUUUGGUAGUCAGAUGUACUCAUUUUUUGAGAAUGAAGGAACAGCUCAAGUAUCCGUUAGGCUAAGCAGAAUCAUUUCUCAGACAUUUACAGUUAGAGUUGAAGGAGGACCUGUUAAUCAGAGUAUAACAUUUAACCCUGCACAGAGGGUUGGGCCUAUAUCCUUUGGUUUGAAUGAUGAUUUAGUUGCCCUAGAAGAUCCUGAGAGAUUUCAAUUGAGAUUCUCUCGGCACAGUUUUCCUGAUGGCAGUAAAGUUAGACUAGGAUCAAACAGUCAAGUCUCUAUUCUUGAUAAUGAUGUUGUUAGUGUCACAUUUGCUCAGUCAAGUUAUUCUUAUUUUGAGAGUAAUGGAACUGCUAGUAAUAUAAUGCUGAGACUUAACGCAACAAUUGCACGUUCACUCUCUGUUCUUGUAUUAGGAGGACCUGGAAGUCAGCCUAGCUCAGUAGUUGUUUCUGGUGCUGAUGUGAGCUCAACUGUAACUUUUGCCGUUGUUGGUUCAUUCACUGUACCUCUCCCUUCUUUUGUCAUAACAAAUGAUGAUGCUGCAUUGGAAGAACUUGAGAGUUACUCGCUCUCAAUUUCUAAUCCAUCGAUAACUCAAAAUGUUAUUGCUGCUGACAGCACUGACAUUGAUAUCACAGAUGAUGACAUAAUUACUGUUAAUCUUGAACCUCCAUCAGUAAUUUUUUUAGAAGGUAGUAAUGCUGUAGCUGUCAUUAAACGUGAAGCUAUUACAUAUAAAGCUGCUUUUGAAGUCACUGUCUCAAAUGAGAGGUAUACUGGCCCAUUGUCUGUAGAUGAAGCUGCUGUUGGAGACUUUGGUAUGGAUAGGUAUCAAUUAUUUACUUCACUUAUGUACAAUGCAGAUGGUUUUAACUUCACUGAACAACAUAGUGUAGUAUUUCAACCAGCAAAAGCUAAUGAUGAACAUUUUGAGAAUGUGAGUUUUUUGAUGCCACGUGAUGGUAUUGUAGAACUACAAGAAGCGUUUAGAUGGAGACUCAGUGUUAAUGAUUCUAGAGUUAGGAUAAAUACUGACACUCAAAUAGUAAGACUUGACGAUCGAGAUGUUUUCAGUAUUGGUUUCAAAGAUUUACAUGUUACUAUAAUAGAAGGACAAGUGGCAACAUUGACUAUAAAGCAGAUAGGAAAUGAGACUGGUGGUGUAGACAUUGGAGGCUUUCCAGAGGGUCGUUUAAGUCCAGUUCGAUUGAGACAAGUAUCUGGGACUGCGACAAAUGGUAGUGAUUUCCUCCUUAAUUCUACUGGUCCAAGAUUCACUUUAAGAGCCAAUAAUACACUGAAUGAUAUUCUAUUCCAGCCUAUCACUAUUGAUGAUAAUAUCAUUGAGGGAGAUGAAACAAUAAGAGUCAUCAUAGUACCUGAGAUGUAUGGUCUUAUUCAAGUAGUGAAGGAAUGGCAGACAGCUACAAUUACCAUUGUUGAUGAUGACUAA